AUGUCGAUCUCGUGCAAAUGCUCGAAUUUUGUGGCCACCUCGUCCAAGCUGCAGCCCAUCCGCUCCUUUGACGUAACGGCGUCUCCAUCGCCGAUGCCCGGAAUCGAAGCUGAAGCCGGUGCUGUCCUGUCGACCCGGUUGUCGCAGGUAUUUCAGGAAAAGUACCCCAGAGAUUUUCCAUUCUACACGGAGUUUAUGGAUUUCUUCAAGCACGCUUAUGGACCCAUUCCAGACCUCACCGUAAACGUGAUCAAUCAGCGCGAACUGCUCUUCGGCCUCACGCUCGAUGCGGGCGGAGAGAGCUGGCAGCUGAGUAUCUGCAUCAAUUGCAAGGAUGUGCUGUGCGCCAAGCGCCUCACAGCCGGAGCCGGAGCUGGAGCCGUGGCGGGGGCCACGCCCAACCAAUACCUCAUCAACAGCACGCUGCUGAGCAACGGCGAGGAGCUUGCCCAGCGACGCGGCCUCAAGUCAUAUUCGGAGACGUUCGAUCUGCUGGUCAUGAUCAGCGGUGUCCUCUCCCCGCCACCACCGGCCACGGGCAUGGCCGCCUCGUCAUCGAGCCUCAGCAUUGGCUCGCUGGCGGGCAAUCCGCUGGACAUGAAGCAGCAGCGCCUGCGACAGCUGCUGGCCAACAAGCAGGCGCGCCUGCAGGAGGAGAUCAAAAAGACGAACGAGCGCAUCGAGCGGUAUGCGGGAACGGAGUUCGAGCUGCUGAAGAGCUUCCGGGAGAAGGCGGACCAGGACUGCGCCCAGUUGAUGCACCACAUCCGGCAGGUGCCGGAGCAUGUGGCAGAGCUUCUCGAUAGGGGCAUGACCCCCGCCCUGGAGGUGACCGGCAAUUGGCUGCCCAGUGCAGCCGGUGCCAGGCGUCGGAAUACGAUAAGCAGCCGCCGGGAGCUUAGCAACCCCACCACGCCCACCACCACCCUCAACCAUCCCCCCAACUUCCUGGCGUUGAACCAGCAGCAGCAGCAGCAACCCUCACAGCCAUCGCAGCCCCAGCUGCAGCCAUUGUCCAGUGCCGCCUCCUCGAUGGCCAGCGUCAGAUUGAGGAAGAUGUCCAACUUCGAUACGCCGCCCGCCACGCCAGAAGCCACGCCGAUGAGCGUCGGCAACAGUCCCACUUUCAGACAGCAGCAACAGCAGCAGCAGUCGUCGGUGGCAGUUGCCCCACACCUGCUUGCCACACACGGCGGCGGAGGAGGACGAGGAGUCACUGCGAACGGGGAGGACGAUGCUGAUGACUGCCUGUUCGACCUGGAGGAUGUAGAGGAGUAUACGGUGCCGCAGCCAGUGCCCGUACCCGUGCAAUCCGGAUAUCCACACACCCUGAUGUACCAGCGGGUGCACAGCAUCCAGCCAAUGCAGAACGGGAUGGUCGAUGAUCUGGACGAGGCCGAUACAGCCGAUGAGGCGGAGGAUGCCCUGGAUCUGGAUAGCUCCGUUUCCAUACCCGUGGGACGGGCUGGACGUCCGACGCAGGCCCAGCUGAUGAACUUUGCCAGGAGUCUGCCCAUCGAGAUGCCCAACUCGACGCUUGCGGAGCGGGCAGCAGUCGCCAACAAUAACAACAACUUUGCGUUGGGCUGCGAGGAGGGUUUGGACAACAUCGAUAUAGCGGCCAGCAUUCAGGCGCUGACCAAGAGUGUCCAUGGAGAGGCUGUGUUUGGGGACCUGCCCCGGCCCCGUCUGCGCUCCCAGAUCGAGGGCUAGCGCAGGGAGGCGCCGCCACAGCGAACGACGGGGAGAGGGAGAUGACGAGUCGAGAACCACCACUACGUACACAUACUUAUAUAUAUACAUAUAAAUCAGUUCGUAUUCCGCAUAAACCCACACAACACACACACAAAUCCGCGGACUGGAUCCAAGGGAGCGCAUCCACAACGAAAGAUAGACCAUAAUAAACAGGCCAAGAAUUUGCCAUCUUGGAGGCAUCUGAAGGCAGAACUACCAUCUACAGAGUACCACUUGGGCAGUGAGGCGCAAGCUGCACCACCCACCACACACCACAGACUACACAUCCCUUCCUUCUUUGACAUGUUUUUCCUCAUAAGUUCUUUUUUCAUUAUUUCGCGAUGAUCUUCGAUUGAAAAGUUUGUAUUUUCUUCGAACGACAAGUGCAAGCGGACGGACCCAUUAGUAGCGGGUGCCGCCGCCGCUGCACAUUAGUUUUGUCUAACUGAUACUGAUACGAUGGUUACUGAUGAUGAUGAUAAUGAUGAUGAUGUUGUUAGUUUAUACAAUGAAUAAUCUAGUAUACAUAUACUUGCAUAUAUAUCUUUAUAUUAUAAUAUACUAUACAUAUACAGAAAACUAUAAAGAAGCGCCAGCAGCAAGACCGACCAACUGUCGAAACUUAA